GUUGAGGGUUUAUUUCACAGGAUUUAAAGUUGAGGGUUUUUUUUACGAUUCAUCUUUAGUUGAGGGGUUUAAUUACUAAAAACCCUUAAAAUUUUCCUUUUGUGUACAAACUUCACAUAUUGUCCAUAAAAUAAUACAUAAACUUCUCUAAUAACUUACAAAUAUUGCACGUAUGGUAGUGUGAACCGUAGAGAUCUAAGUUCGCGCCUUUUAACAAAUAUCUGAUACACGUUAAUUAAAGAUUAUCAAUGUCGCGGAUCCCUUGGCUAGAAAGAAAAUGAGAAAGUGAUGUGGUGAGGAUCCAUGGAAAUUUCAAAUUAUAGUAGUGAUUUAGAGUGGCAGGGGUGAUGAAUGUAAAUCCACAUACAUUUACAAAUAUCGAUAUUUUAUGAAAAUCGUAUUUUCAUUUUAUAGAAUAUUUUUAAAACAUUUAUGUAGAAAUUGUUGAUAAAAUUGUGUUAGAGCAAAUGGGCUGCGGACACAUGUGUGAACUAGUCUUGGCCAACUUGAUAGCAAUGUAUUUAUUUAUUUUCGUUAAUAAAGUGCUUUAAAAGCAGAAAGUCUUCUUCUCGAUUAAUAGUAGGGUACUCAUUUGUGGAAUCAUUUCUUCUCCAUAUAAAACUCCACAUCUUUGCAUCUCAGCAAAACUGCAAGGCAACAUACACACAUAUAUAUAUUCACGAACACACUGAUACAUUAUCUCUAUAGUUUUGAAGAAGAUGAGCUUCGAGGAGUUGAAGAAACAAGGGAGUGUGAUCCCCAAGAAGAGAGAGUUGGUGAAGACCAAAAUCUUCAAAUCCAUUCUCUCUUUCCUCCGUCGCUCCGUUACUAAACAAAUUUCUGAACAUUCCGGUGACGGCAAACGUGUGUACCCAACUCGCCCAUGAUCGGUUUUUUUUCAUGGAGUUGAAGAUAUUAUCGGUCAUGAUCUUAUAUGGGUUCUCCUCUGUUUUUCUAUUGUUAUGUUAUAAUAUUGCAAGUAGAAGGAAGCUUGAUAGAUUCUGUUUUUUAUUUGAGUUUUUAGUUUUUUUUGAAAGGGAGAUAUUUGAUCCUCAUUGUGUAAAACCCAUUUCAUAAAUGAUUAACGCGUUGUGAUUAAUUACCGCACUUGUCUUAAAAAAAAAAACUCUUGUAUUGUUAUCAUAUGAUGAAUUUUCAAAUAUAGUAUGCAAACGUGCUGCCUCGAAAUUAUUAAGGAAUUUGUGAUAGUGAUAGUAAACACAAAAAUAUAAAAAUAAAGAAGGAUGUGGAGACUGGGGACUGGACGGAGAGAUGUAUGCACUGCAUAUACUUAAAUAGCUAAACUUUCCUUAAGUUAUGUCCGUUAAAUAUAAAUUAGAUUAAACGUGCUGUAAAAAUUUAUUGAUGAAAUUCCAUACUACAAAAAAAAGAAAGAUAUAAAUCAGAUUAAAUGUACUACAAAAAAAAAAUAUUUCUUAUGUUCCACAAAGAUAGAUUUUUUUAGUGUUUUCACUAUUAAAAACACAUUAAAUCACUAUAACAAAUGUUUUCUGUAGUUUAUAAUUUUUAAUAAUUUUAACCAAUAGUAAUUCAAUUAAUUUUUUGAUAAUUCAAUAUUUUUUUUUAAGUUUAUAAAUUUUUCAAUAAAAAACACAAAAAAUUUAUCUUUAUGAAACAAUUUUUUUUCUCAAACAUCUAUUUUGUAGAACGUAGGAAGUAACUAUUUACUUCUGGAUAUUUUAUUUAAGUAACAGAUUUGUUUACGGCUUAGUGAUGCAAUGAAUCUAUGGUUUGGUACACGAUGAUUCUUUUUUUUUGUAGAACCAGAAAGUUCGAGCGUUCGGCCCUAAUCUUCCUAGGCGCGGAACUAGCCUUUGUUUGUACCUUUUAGCUUGGACCCUCUUCCCCGUCCAAGACUCAAAAAUUCAAAAAUAAGUCAGACAAAGGACACAUUCAUUGUAAAGAUGUUUUUUUCUUUAUACCAAUAAAUUUAACAUACAUUAAAAAUAAAAUAUAAUAACUAUGAUUAAAGAAGAAAGCAAACAAAUCCGUUGCUUAAAUAAAAAAAAUAUCAAGGAGUAAUUUUUUUUGUUCUGUUAAUGGGAUUGAAAAAUGUUUGUAAAACAAAUCAUUUUAGGGGAUAAAAUCAAUGUUUCCAGUUCAUAUGUGUUAAUGCAUAUUUACGUGUAUCUUAAGGCACCCAAACUCCAUUAAUGAUGUGAAAAUAAGACAUGAAGAUGUAAAUCACACGAUUUAAAUAUAACGGUAAGAUGUGGCCCUUGUGGGUCAACCCGACUUUGUGUGAUAUAUAUACGGGAUAACAUCGGAGUUUUCAGUUCAUAUGCUGAAUGGUUAUCUUCGAUGUGAGUUAUGAAAUGGAUUUAUCAUUGAUGACGACGGAUUUAAGGUUUGAACAUACAGAGAUCCCUUAUUCACAUAAUUUCCGUGAUUAUAAAUGAUGUUUAGGCUUUCAAUGAUGUCUAAUGCAGUGAUGUAGAUAGAUGUUUUGAUAUAUUUGACAAACCCGUUUAAACGCUUUAGGAACUCGAUAAAUGGGCCUGGGCCUCCAUAACUGUUAACACUAACGGCUUCAUACUCGAAAGACCCGCCAACUAAAAUUCAAAACUUACCUCACUUUUUCUCUCUUCCACUUUUUUCCUUCCUUAAAUCCCUUUUUACGACAUGCUUCACAAAAAAGUCUACAAAAGACACAUUACAUAUAUACACAAUAUACAUCUCCAUCUCUCGUUUAAACAAAUACAUUUUAUUUUUCUUCUUUCUCUGCAGAUAUUUUGAAAAUUCAAACUCACACCAAGAAAUGGGUUGUUGCAUCAGCAAAUUCUCUCCAAAGACAGAAGAUUUCAAGCAAGUAGAAGAACCUCAAGAGAAGUACUGUUAUGCGCCAGAGAAGCUGUUCAUGUCUCGUUGUCCAAGUCGAGUAUCUCCACUUCUUGUUCCCGACAAGAACCGGUUUAACCCCAUUCCUGUCCCGGAUAAGUUUAUCCACAUCUCGAACAAACUUCCUCCUCCGUCUCCUCAUGUAAAGCUGGCAUCUUUCUCUCCAAACGUCCAGCCUUCCACCACAAGCAACUCUUCUCUGACCUCAUCAAGCUCGUCGCUUUCUACGGCCUCUUCAAUCUCGGUGUCAAAGGAGAGAUCUUUCUCUAACGACUUCUUGCGUGCUUGUUACCAAGAGAAUUCACAUGUUGCUCGGAUCAGUUCCUUACGAGAAUCUUCUCUUUCUCUGAAAAACGGGCAUCCUAACCGGUCUAAUUCCCCGGUUAAGCCAAACCGGUAUUCAACAACGCCAAACAGAGCUAAUGCAACCCCGGAAAGAGGAACGUAUGGUUCUAAGAGAACCCGAGAGCCAUCUCCUAACCACCGUGCGUUGACCCGACAAAAGAGCUUUCGUAAAGAUCAAGAAAGUGUUAUCAUGUCUUCAUCAAGUUCUUCUUUAACCAAGGGAAAGUUCUUCAAGUCACCAUCUCCAAGCAGGAGAUUUGAAAGAUCUUCGCCAUCUCCAAGCAGGAGAUUCGCUAUGGCAGAGGGAGACUUGAAGGUGACUUCACUCUCUACUAGUUUGAGGAAAGAUAGCUUAGAUCUCUCUCGUCUCAAGACUUUUCCUAAGAACAACAUAUCAUCGACUCGGAUUCAUCGUAUAAGUUCUAAGAUCAACACAACCACUAUCAAGGAAGUAGUCGAAAGCGACAAGGAACCGGUUGUUCCAAUGCUUGAAGAGAUCGGUAACCCCAUGAUUGAUUUGGAUUGCUUCAUCUUUCUGUAAGGAUUCAGUUUUUUUCUUGUUGAAGAUGUGUUUGCGUGCAUAGUACAGAUAGGUUCUGUAUUUGUAUAACUCUGUUUUUUUUUUUUAACUUAAGGAUUGUGAUGAUCAACUAGAUCAAAAGUCUCAUACUUUACUUUUUUGUUUGUUUGUUUUGAAAUCUACUUACUUUGUAUGGAUUUGAAAUAGUUUGGAAUGAAUACAGCUAAAGGAGCUUAUUAUU